AUGAAGUCUGCCAUUCUUGCCAUCGUUGCCACCCUUGCGGCUUCUGUCGCCGCCUCGCCUGUCUCUGAGCGCUCUAUCGGUAGUAUUACCGUGAAGCGUUCUACCCUCAUGGCGGCCUCUAAGCGCGAUCGCGCUGCUGAUAAAGUCACUGAGGACAACAUUUCUGACAGUGUCAACUACAUCCUGAAGUUGUUCGUCGACGGUGAUAAGCGUCCCGAUGCUUACCAGGAUGAGAUCGAUGCCGCUGAUCCCAAGGAAGUCCUUGGCUAA